AUGGACCUGGACCAUGUGUUGCGGCACAAGAUGUGUCCCCAAGAUCAUCCAUCAAAGCUUGAACCAGGUGAACAGCUAUCCGAACACUGGUUAUGGCGACAGAUAGCGGGUGUUUGCUGUGCUUUGAGCGUCUUCCAUAGGGAGAUGAAGAAUCCGUUCCCAGAUAUCAGCGGAACCGUCAUCGGAGUACACUUUGACCUGAAACUGGCCAAUAUCCUUGUUACUGCGGAUGGGAAACUCAAGAUGACUGAUUUUGGACAGUCGAUUAUUCGAAUCCUUGGUGAGGGGGAAGAUAUGACCAUGCCUCAUAAUCCAGGAGAUUUUCGAUACGCAGCCCCAGAGUCUCGUCCAACUCUGGGCUACGUGAAGGAUAACCCAGAAGAUAUUGAGGUACUUCUUAAUUACGAUGUGUGGUCGCUGGGAUGCAUCAUGGUCGAGGUUCUCCUUCAUAUGCUAGAUGUCCAAACCCUCGAGGCAUUUGACCAGGCACUCGGCAAGGUAAAACCGGCCGGGUUCUUCACAGGCACCGGCCUGAAGCAAUGUGUCAAUUCAUUAUUGGAAGACGUUCGACAUAUAUUCCGCAAUAGCGCUCAGAGGUAUUAUAUAGCAACGAUAACCGACCUCAUUCGCGCAAUGCUGCGCCACGAUGUAAAGGGCAGGCCGUAUUCGUGGCAGGUUCUUGAUGAGCUUCAGAGAGCACAGAUCAUGGAGCUGGCUAUACCACGCGACCGAGUCACUCUGGCGGUGGUGCAGUACGAGCUUAAAGACAGAUCCUACUACCGAGAUUGUGCUUUUCGCCAACCUACCUUUUCCGAGGUGAGACAAACGACAAUGCAAGGUUCGAAUGCAGACUCUUUCACAUGGUGUGGCCUCCAGCUCGACAAAAGUCAUAUGACCUCGCAUUCGUUUUCGAGUUUGAAACCCUUCAAGGCAAGUCGUUAUGGCACUCUUCAGAUCUUCGCAUGGUCUGACAUUCUAACCUGGCUCAACACAGAUGUUUUGACGUUUCAGGGUACACUUAUGGAGAGGACUAUUUUCCCUCCUAUCAAUGCUUCAGUCAAAGCGAUGAAACCAAAGAGACCGAGCAUCUGGUCAAAGGAACGUCAGUCACCUGUCUUCAAUCAACGAACAUCGUAUAUUCAGUUGUUGGCCGGCAAUGACCCGAUAUACUACGGCACUCCUGCAAUGAAUAUCGAUAGUCGUAAAUUCAGAGCUGUCUCCAUUCCAAGCUCCAUUACCCCAACCACAAUCUCAUCAAGUAAAGAUGAAGACGGAUGCAGGACAAUGGUCAUUUUCUUUGAAGGCCUAAGCCCUGUGGUAAUCGCCUUAAACGACGACCAUGAGGUGUUCCGUGCCAGUACCUCUGGUGGUAAAGUCUAUGUCAGUAUCGUAAACCGCCGGGGUCACGAAUCCUAUUCAGUCAGACAACUACCAGCACACCCGGCGUGGCAGUCUCAGAACUUGAACGAGACACCGCAUACACGGUCGUCUAUUCUGCUCGAGGCUAACUAUCAAAACAUUUCGAAAGCGUACAACAAGGAGUCCUUCAAGAUGGAGGGUAUUGAAAUCGUCCUGGAAAGCUUACAGGGUGAGAUUGUAUAUACUACCUCAAGCUCCUUCAUUCUGACCCACUAUCAGACUUCCAACGCCUUUAUCAAGGAAUAG